CUUAUUUUACCUCUCAUCUCAAUUCUAAUUCUCAGAACUCAAGUUUUCUUCCAGUUUUCGGAAGCAUUUUAAGUUAUUAACAAUGGAAGGAACAGCAAAGGUUGGCAAGGGAGGAAGGAAAGGUGGUGAUAGAAAGAAAGCAGUAACAAAAUCAGCCAAAGCUGGGCUUCAAUUCCCAGUUGGAAGAGUCACUCGUUUCUUGAAGAAAGGCCGUUAUGCUCAAAGACUCGGUUCUGGUGCUCCCGUUUAUUUGGCUGCUGUUCUUGAGUAUCUCGCUGCUGAGGUAUUGGAAUUAGCUGGAAAUGCUGCCAGAGACAAUAAGAAAUCAAGAAUCAUCCCAAGACAUUUGUUGUUGGCGAUUAGGAAUGACCAGGAAUUGGGGAAAUUGCUUUCUGGUGUUACUAUUGCUAGUGGUGGUGUUCUUCCUAACAUCAACUCAGUUUUGUUACCAAAGAAGAAGGAUGAGGCUGCCAGUACUCCAAAAUCUCCAUCAAAAUCUACUGCUGCUAAAUCUCCAAAGAAGUAGUAAGAUCUUCUAGAUCUAGAAAGUAAUCUGUAAUGAAAAUGUAGGGGUUCAAAUUUUAGGGUUUGUAAUCUCUUUCUGUGGUGUGUUUUCAUGUUCAUAUCAAAUCAAUGGAAUUAAUCUUUAGAUUCAGAUUCAAUAGUCAAUUGCUUAAAAUCCUAUUUU